AUGGCUCAUGUCCCAGUGCAACAACUGUACAAGAAGACUCUCAAUCAGAUUCAGACGAGACUGAUCAAAGAAGAUAAGGUUGUGUACUAUCAGAGGAAGAAAACAGUGUCUGCUUGGCUGCUGAGGGGAAUGAAGCCUGGUUUUGACCUUGAGUUUAUACUCCGCUCUCAAGUAAAGGAUUUCCCUUUUGCUUGCCACUAG